GGAGGGUGAGGAAGACAUUAGCAUGAUGGUGGCCUCCAAGGACUCGAAACCUGGAGUCACAGCAGGAAGAAGAGCCCUGCUGGGCUCACAACCAAUUGGAGCUGGGGCCUGGGAGCCCUGGUGGUCUGGAGUCCAACCACCGACGAAUGUUGUCAGCAGGGUGCAGUGGCUCAUGCCUGUAAUCCUAACACUUUGAGAGGCUGCGGCGAGCAGAUCACUGGAGGCCAGGAGUUGGAGACCAGCCUGGCCAACAUGGCAAAACCCCGUCUAUAAAAAAAAAAAAAAGAAAGAAAAAAAAAGUAAAAGAGAGAGAGAAUAAAAAGAAUGCUGUCAGCAAGAGACUCACCACUUACAACCAACACAAACUAAAUGGGAAAACGUUAUUCCUUCCAGUCACCCCCCCUUUGUUCAUGACCCCAUAACUCUGUCCACCAGGCAGGGAUGGGGAUGGCCGGCAAAGGGAAAGCCCUGAGCCUCCUGACCCCCCUGAGCUGGGCCCCAGGCCAGGCUGGGGUGAAAUGGCUGGAGGUCAGGAGCUGGGUGGGAAGCCAUGAUUUUUCAUGACACCUCCUCCCGCCACCUAACCACAAGGCCAGGACAGCAGAGGGGCCAGCCAGAGGCUCAGCAGGGGACAGGGGCACCUAGAAAGCCCCCUUAAAUCUCUUGGCCGCCUCUCUGUCUCCUGCGCAGCCCAUUGCUACUCAGAUCUGCAGAUGAGCAUGGCACAGAGAGAGACCUGCAUUGGCAUGUACAAGGAGUCCUGCAAUGACACCCAGUACAAGAUGACCAUCUCCAUGGCUGACUGGCCUUCUGAGGCCUCCGAGGACUGGAUUUUCCACGUCUUGUCUCAGGAGCGGGACCAAAGCACCAAUAUCACCCUGAGCAGGAAGGGAAUUGUCAAGCUCAACAUCUACUUCCAAGAAUUUAACGAUCGCACCAUUGAAGAAUCAGCAGCCAAUAACAUCGUCUGGCUGCUCUCGAAUCUGGGUGGCCAGUUUGGCUUCUGGAUGGGGGGCUCUGUGCUGUGCCUCAUCGAGUUUGGGGAGAUCAUCAUCGACUUUGUGUGGAUCACCAUCAUCAAGCUGGUGGCCUUGGCCAAGAGCCUACGGCAGCGGCGAGCCCAAGCCAGCUACACCGGCCCACCGCCCACCGUGGCUGAGCUGGUGGAGGCCCACACCAACUUCGGCUUCCAGCCUGACAUGGCCCCCCGCAGCCCCAACACCGGGCCCUACCCCAGUGAGCAGGCCCUGCCCAUCCCGGGCACCCCGCCCCCCAACUACGACUCCCUGCGUCUGCAGCCGCUGGACGUCAUCGAGUCUGACAGUGAGGGUGAUGCCAUCUAACCCUGCCCCUGCCCAUCCCGGGCGGCUUGAACUCACUGAGCAGCCAAGACUGUUGCCCGAAGCUUCACUGUAUGGUGCCCUCUCUGAAGGGUUGGGAGGGGAGCUCUCCAGGCCAGAGCUUGCAUCCUUCAACAGAGAGGCCAGCAGCAACUGGCCCGUUCCUGGCCAAGGGCUGUGUAGAAUCACGGUGCUGGUACAGGAUGCAGGAAUUAAUUGUAUCUUCACCUGGUUGCUACCCUCGUCCCUACCUGUCCUGAUCCUGGUCCCGGCCAGGCCCUGGAGACCCCUCGGAACACCCUCUCCUGGUGGCAGGCCACUUCCCUCCCAGUGCCAGUCUCCAUCCAUCCCAGAGAGGAACAGGCGGGUGGGCCAUGUGGUUUUCUCCUUCCUGGCCUUGGCUGGCCUCUGGGGCAGGGGUGGUGGAGAGAUGGAAGGGCAUCAGGUGUGGUGACCCUGCCAAGUGGUACCUGAUUUACUCUAGAAAAUAAAAGUAGAAAAUAC